AUGCAUUCAUUGGAUGAUUUACCAGCAUGUCACACUCAGUCAGAUGUGGUAGCUCUUAUGGUUGAUGGAUACUUAACAACCACACUUAUCAUAGGUGGUAUAUUGGGAAAUAUGUAUUGUUUGCGAAUUCUUUAUAGAACGUCUAUCAACACGGAAAUGCUUGUUUCGCUUACAGCCUUAGCUGUCUGGGACAUGAUCCUACUCAUGACAUCACUUUUUCAUCACUCUCUUUGGGCUACAUUACAUAGCCUAGGAUUCUACCCACAACCAUGGGAUCCUUACAUUGUAGCUCUUGGGGGAUUACUCGAAUGCUCUCACUUAGCUUCGACUUGGAUGCUUCUACAUGUUUCUCUUACAAGAUUUUUCGCAGUCUCACGUCCUUUUAAAAAUUUUGUUGUUUCGUAUAGAAAAAGGGGACGGAGAAGCUAUUGGAGAAUUAUAGGAGGGCUCGUCAGGAUUCCAUUGUUUCUGACAAUAAUCGCUUGCCUGAUAACUAUACCUUGUGCUUUCGAAUACAAUUUGAUGCCGUGCAUGUUGGAUAAUCAAGAAUAUUUCCAAAGAGAAGCAACAAAACUGCUGCAGAGCUUUUCCUAUUUUUUGUUUUAUCGAACAGUCGUUUUAUCUCUUCUUAAAACUUUCCUUCCUUUCAUUAUCAUAACUUUCUUAACAGUGAAUACUCUGCGCAGUAUGAGACAAUCUAUGGACAAACGUGCCACUAUUCUCAAACAACAAGGACAGGGACAUCUUUUUGAAGCUGACAAAGACAAAACUAAAAGCCUUCAGGCUAUUUCAACUCUACUAUUGGGUAAAUUUUUGAUCUUGCGCUGUUGGCCAACAGUCAUUGCUUGCGCUCGCGUUCUAUGGAAAGCAGAGCACUCAACUUUCGUUGCACAUGUGGCAGAAUUUUUAUUACUACUGAACUCAGCCACGAAUUCUUUAGUGUUUGUGUUGUUGAAAUCAGCAUUUGAGACCAGAAGACUUCGUCGUAUUCGUGAACGGCAAAGAGAAUUAGUAGCAAAACAUGCAGAACAAGUCCUCUGCAUUGGCAAAGCUCUGGCUGGUGAUAAUCUCUUUCUUAUAUCCGAUGCUGCUCAACAAUUAGAUGACGAUGACCAGAGCAAGCUCCAGAUCUCUUCAUUAGAUUCUUCCGAUAUGAACAAUUCAGUUCAAAAAUUGAUGAACUAA